AGCCGUAACGUCUAAAAGAACUCUCGGUAGUGCCAAUUUUUUAGUGAAGUGUGUUAUGCAAUAAAAUACUGAACAGGAAUGUAAAUACUAAAAGUGUAUAUUGAAGACUUUGUGUACGUUUAUGUUGCAUUUUCUGCAAUAAGUGUUGUGCGAAGUGAUACAUUUAUAUAUAUAAAUUAAAGACUGGCCACAAUGUCUACCACCACCACUAUAGUUCCUGAGUUUAAGGAGACUUUGACAACCACUACUGCUGCUACUGUGGCGGCUGGUCGAAAUUUCACAUUCGGUAGCGUGGAUUAUGUGGUAUUCGUUUUGAUGUUAGCCGCCUCUGCGGCAGUUGGUAUAUUCUUUGGUUUCUUCUCAAAGUCGAAAAAUACAACCGAUGAGUACCUGAUGGGUGGCAAGCGUAUGAAAAUCAUACCGAUUGCAAUAUCUUUGGUCGCAAGUCAAUUGUCUGCCUUAUCCAUAACAUCAGUUCCUGCCGAGAGCUAUUCGUUUGGUAUCAAUCACUUUUUCAUUAUGGUGUCCAUGAUUGUGGUGGCUCCAUUACUAUGCUACGUUGUUAUACCAGUCUUCUAUGAAAACAAUAUUUUCAAUUGUUAUGAGUAUCUAGAAAAACGUUACAACAAACGCACCCGACAGCUUGUUACGAGUACAUUUAUCUUGAAUGCGUUUCUGCUAUUACCAGUAAUUAUAUUCAUUCCUGCCCUGGCAUUUGCACAAGUGACUGGUUUGAAUAUACACGUGAUCAAUGGUGUAGUGUGCUCGAUUUGUGUUUUCUACACAAUGUUAGGCGGCAUCAAAGCUGUUGUGUGGACUGAUGUGUUGCAGGGCGGCAUUAUGCUUUCAUCUGUGAUAUUGGUGGGCAUCCUGGGGACCAUAAAGACAGGAGGAUUGGGUCAAGUUUUUGAAUAUGCCGCUGAAGGUGGCCGUUUGGAUCUAAACUUUUCACCCGAUCCACGCACUCGCAUAACAGUUUGGAAUUCUUUCAUAUGUGGCAUUAUGAUGUGGGCCGGUCAUGUAGGUCUAAAUCAGAGUUGCGUACAACGUAUUGUCUCUUUACCGUCUCUAAAGCAUGCGCAAAAAGCGCUUUGGUUAAGUUGCAUUGGCUUCUUAGUCGUGAUGACCAUUAAUGUUUUCAUUGGCGUUGUAAUGUUUGCCUACUAUCAUGAUUGUGAUCCCAUCAAAGCAGGCUUGGUCAAUAAGCCUGAUAAAAUGGUGCCGUUCUUUGUACAAGAUAUCAUGGGUCAUCUGAUUGGCAUGCCUGGUUUAUUCAUAUCCUGCGUCUUUAGCGCCGCACUUAGCUCCAUGUCCGCCAUGUUAAACUCCCUAGCCGGUGUGGUGUAUUUCGAUUAUGUUAGGCCGCAUAUUAAGAAAUAUCACACAGAAGCACGUGCCAAUUUCAUAAUGAAGAUCAUUAUUGUCGCAAUGGGUUGCUAUUGUGUGGCUGGUGGUAUGAUGGUAGAACGUUUCGAUUCCAUACUACAGCUGGUAAUAACAAUUACAGGCAUCAAUACUGGCUCUGUAGUCGGUGUCUUUUUGCUGGGUAUGCUUGUGCCGCGAACCAACGGCAAGGUGGCCGUUGCUUCGAUUGUUUUCAGUAUUUUAAGCAUGUUUUGGAUUAUCAUUAAUGGUCAAAUGCGAGCUAAAGAAGGCGCCAUCCGUUACGCACCGUUGCCAUCGAAUAUUGAAGGAUGUGCUGCACACAAUUUACAAGUAAUUUUGAAAUCUAUCUCGAACACUACGAAUGACAUUGGCUUACAAAUGCUCGCACAGGGAGUGGAGGAGCCAAAGGUUACCACAGCUUUUGGUAGCAAUCGUGAAUUUUCCAUUUACGAAAUCUCCUUCUAUUGGUACAAAGUUAUUGGAGUUUCACUUGUCUGGCUAUUGGCCAUUCCGCUUAGCUAUAUCUGGCGACGUGAUGAAGCCGAUAAAAUUGAUCCACACCUUUACGCACCAUUCGUACGACGUUUCAUCAAACGAAGUACACCUGUGGAAAUGGAAGAGUUACCACUGAAAACACCCACUGCAACAGAAGAGAGCGAAACCAAUGGUGGUACAACAAUUCCAAUGCCCGAAAAUUUCAAAAAUAGCAAUUAAUAAAAUCAAUUAGUUUAAUGAAUAUAAAUUAAAA